AUGCCCUGGACUGAUGAUGACGGCGUUGCCACCGAUUCCUGCGUCCUCGGCCCCUCUGUAAAUGGUGGGAUGCCAGAGAGGUUGGUAGCUCAUUUGAAGAACAAUCUGGUGGACCUCUCAGUUUUUGACGGGGGGGAUUUCCAAGAUUGGAACGUCGUCAGGCCGCAGCCCCAAUGGCCAAUCUCGACCCCAGACUGGGAAAAAUGGCUACCGAGGAUGGAGCACUUCUUCGGCCAGCAAUGGAAGGAUCAAGGUAUCUAUCACUUGAUCAAGCUGUUCGAUCGGCCGCUCGUCAUGGACCGGUCGCUCUUGGCCGCGACCCUAUGCUUCUGGUCAUCGGCCACGAAUACCAUGAAUUUUUGGUUUGGCAUGAUGACGCCAACUGUUCUAGACAUGGCUGCCCUUUUCGGCCUCUCUCCUCUCGGCGUAGAAGUGAACGCCGCACUUGUUGCUCCUGAGGCAGAAGGGAGUUUCAAGGCUACCUGGCCUAUUCUUACGAGAGUCGCCGGGAGCAAGGCGAAGAACAUGCUCAACUACUCCAGUUUUUACAGCAACUUCGGUGUAGACGACGCCAUCGCCCCCCACGGCGAAGUUGAGCACGCCGCAUUCCUGCCGUACUGGCUGUGCAAGUUUGUAUUCUGCACCCAGGGGAACAAGGUCACCCUGGAGUUCGCCCACUUGGCCGAUUAUUUUGCGCAGGGCGGAAGGUUAGCACUCGGCCCAUUCCUGCUCGGCCACAUCUACCGCACGCUUCAUGACAUCGUCACCAAUGGGAUGAAGCCGAAGCACGGUGGUCCACUAUGGGCUUUCCAGUUCUGGCUGCAAGCUUACUUCCCAGAGCUGAGGGGGGUGGCCAACAUUACUGACACCGAGCCGCUGGCCAACGCAUUUGCCCGAGCCCCCAGGAAGCAUAACACCUCGGCCCUCUGCUAUAAAUUUUUCUAUGGCCUGGCCGAGAGAACUGGCACGCAGUUCCGCAUCUGCCUUGCUCGGCCAUUCCCUCUAUUCCUGGCGCACGACCUCUCCGUCAUUCCUGAUGGCGAGACAGAGAACGACUUGAAGGAGAUCUGGGGCUCCUUCCUAGUUUCGCGUGAUCUUCACUGCGGCGUAUCCAAGGUUUAUCUGCCAAAUUUCGUGGCGCGGCAAUUCGGCCUGAUUCAGACGGCCCCACUUCCCCCCUUGUCAACCAACUGGCUCUCGUCCUGGAGGGCCAACGUCGCCCAGUAG